AUGACCCAAUUAAUUUCUCCGGCAGGAAAAUUCGUUCCUACCACUGCCAUAAAAAUUUCCCAAGGAAGUUCAGUGUUGGAUUUUCAAGAAGGAGAAGAAAUUAGAGUCAGUGGUAUUUCCAAGGGGAAAGGUUUUGCGGGAGUAAUUAAAAAGUAUCAUUUUUCUCGCGGAAGAAUGACGCAUGGUGGUG